AUGGAAAUUUUGCCUGCUGGCUAUUCAGAUUUUCGAAAAAGAGAAUAUUGGAAUAAUUUUUUUCGAAUAGUUGAUAAUAAAAAUUUUGAGUGGUAUGGAAGUUAUGAGGAUAUAAAAAGUAUUGUUUAUGAAUGUAUAAAGAAAAGAUUAAAUUAUAGUAAUAAUAAAAAUGAGGAUAUAAUAAAUUCAUGUGAUGUAAAUAAGAAUUGUUUAUUUAUUAAUACAGGGUGUGGUAAUUCAAAUAUAAGUAAUGAAUUUUAUGAAGAUGGAUUUAAAUAUAUUAUUAAUAUUGAUUAUUCUGAAGUUGUUCUUGAAAAUAUGAGAAAGAAAUAUGGAAAAAAAAUGAAAUUUUUUAAUAUUGAUUUAAAUAAUAAAGAAGAAUUUGAUAACUUUUUAAAAAAUAUAAACAAUGAAUGGGAUACUUAUAAUAAUAUAAUAAAUGAAGAUAUAGAUAGUUAUAAAAUUAAUAUGAACAAACCAAAUGGUUAUAAUAAUAUUAAUUGUGAGAAUAACAUAAAAAAUGAUGAUAUAUUUUAUAAUAAAUAUGAUUAUAAAAUAUUUUUUGAUAAAGCUUUUUUAGAUUCAUAUUUAUCUUGUGAAAAAAAUGAAGAAGAUAUUUGUAAAAAGAAUGCAGAAAAUUAUUUUUCUCAUAUAUUUAAAUAUAUGAAGAUAGGAGAUUUAUUUUUAAUAGUUACCUUAUCUCAAUAUUAUAUACUUAAAGAAAUAAUUAGAAAUAUAUAUAAUCAAAAUGUCAAAUUAGAGAUUUUUCCAUUUGUAAUAAAGAAACAUACAAAUGAAUAUACACUCCAUCCAUUCCUUUUUGCUAUUUAUAAAACUGAAAAUAAUAAAACAAAUGAUUAUUGUGCUCAUUUUAUAAAUAUACAAAAUAAUGAUAUUAAAGAAAUAUCUAUAUGGAAAAUACCACAAGAAAUUAGAAAAACAAGAGAAAAUAUCAAUCUUAAUAUAUUUAAAAAAGGAAAGCGUAUUAUAUUAGAUAUAUAUAAUCAAAAUACAAAUUUAUGUGAUUAUAAUAUUAUUGUUUAUGAUUCAAAUGUGGAACAAAAAAAUUCUAAAUAUAAUACUGUUGUUAUUGUCAUACCUUGGGGAUAUGAAUUUCAUUCUUUAUAUUCUACUCCUGAAGGAAAUGAAGAAUUAUCGCAGAAGGCUCAAACAAAAAGGUUACUUCUAGUAAUGAAAUCAGCUUUUUUUAUUAUGCAAAAUAAAACAAAUGAACAGAUUAAUGUAUGUAAUGUUGACAAUAAGAGAACUGAUAGUAUAGUGCAUGAUGAUUCUUAUGAUAUUCCAUUUAUGUCUCCCACGAAAGAUAAUAAUAUGGAUUCUAAUAAUAUACACAAUAUACAUAAUAUACAUAAUAACAUUUCUAAUGUGUUGUAUCAAAAUAAUCAUUCAAUUAAUAUAUUAUUAAAUUCUAUAAAAAAUGAAUUGAAAAAUAUUUUAAACGAGUUAGCCCUUCCAGAUUCUAAAGAUUUUCCAAUCAUGGUUUUAAAUGAAGAUGUAAAAGAUUGUAAAAUAAUAUGUCAAGAAAAAUCUAAAUAUUGUACUAGUAUUAUUAUAAGAGAUGUCUUAAUUACAGAUGAAUUCUUGUCUGAUCAUUUUCAUAACGAUCAAAAUGAAAUGCAAAAAUUAAAAAAAAAUAAAAAAAAAAAUAAUAAUAAAAAUAAAAAUAAUAAAAAUAAUAAUAAUAAUAAUAAUACCAAUGACAAACACUUACAAGAUAAUACACAAAGAGACAACCUCUUAAAUAAUAAUAUUUGUGAUGAUAAUAUUUUAUGUAAUAAUAAUAAUGAUGAUGCUUAUCCAAAUGAGAAAAAUUAUGUGGAAUAUAAAAAAAUGGUAAUGACUUUAAUAGAGAAGAAUAAAAAGGAUAAGAGAAAAUAUUUUGAAAAUAAAGAUAUAUAUAAAAGACAAAUGAUAUUUUCUUAUGAUCCUUUAACAGUACAAUCUGAAUUAAUAUAUACUUUAAAAAAGAAUGAAGAAAAAAACAUAAAUAAUGAAAAUAUAACAUUUGAAUAUGUCCAAUCAGCUAGCCAAUAUCAUAUAAUUUUUUCAUGUAGUAUAUUUUUUGUAAUUAAUCCAAAUAUAUUUGUAAAUAAUAAAAAUAUGAAUAUUAAUAUAUGUAUAUUAGGAGGAGGUACUAAUGUAUUAUCAAAUAUUAUAAAAACUAUAUUACAUGAUUUUUAUAUACAUUUUGAUAUUAUAGAAAUAGAUGAAACAGUCAAAAAAUUCUAUUCUUUAUUUUGUGAUGAAAAUUAUAAUAAUGAAAGGCAUAUAAUAAAUUAUAUUAUUCAAGAUUCAUAUGAUUAUAUAACAAAUUUUACAGAAAAACAAUUUUAUGAUAUUAUUUUUCUUGAUAUUAAUAAUUCACAAAAUGCUUAUAUAACAGUUGAUGGAUAUAAAUUAUAUAUGACUUGUCCACAUGUCAAAUUUUUAAAUAAGCAUAUUAUUAUUAAUAUUAAAAAUAUAUUAAAAAAAGAAAAUGGAAUAUUAGUAGUUAAUUUAUUAACAAGAGAUAAUAACGCAAGGACAUAUGUUUACAAAUUUUUUAAGUCUUUUUUUGUAACAUUAAUUAGUAUAUCAUCAAUUAAUAAGGAAAUGAAUGAAGUGUUAAUAUGCAGUGAUAAUAUUAUGACACCCGAAAAAAAUACAACUUUUCAAUAUAACCUGUUGUAUAUGAUUAAAAAUUAUUAUGAUAAGUGGUUCCUGAAUUUUGACUUGGAGCAAUUUAUAAAUAACAUUAAAAUAAUGUAA